AUGCAGAUCUCCAUUGCUUCCGACGACACUGGCACCGUCUUCUCGCUGGAAGUGAGCGAGGGGACAACUCUCGACGCUCUCAAGGCGCUGAUUGAGGCAGAGACGCAAAUUCCUCCUGGCGAGCAACAGCUCCUCGUGGACAUGAAGCCCAUCAGCAGCAAUGCUACGACCAUUGGCGCCGCGGGCAUUCCAGAUGGGAGUAUGAUCCUUGUUGUUCGUCGCCAUGCACGGUCUGUCGCUGCUCCCGCUGCGUCUGGGCGCGACGCUGCAGGGCCCGGCUUGGGCUCCACGGGCGCGAUCGCGCCUCCUGUCUCCGGGGCAACCGGAGGGAGGCGACAAGCUGGGUCGACUGGCGCACGGCGGGAGCAGCAAAGUCUGCAGUCGCUCUUUGACUUUUCGAGUACGCACAUUGUUGUGAAGGACGGGCGCGCAAAGACGCACGCCCAGCAGCGCGACACCACUCCGCGGCCGUCGCGUGCUCCAGCGGACGAGGCCUCUUCGGGGGCGCCCGCCGCAGGCAGCGAGCGAACGGCUUCUCUCUCCGACGAAGAGUACCUCAAGCAACAGGCUCAGACACUCAUCAACGUCUGCACGACUCAAGAGGCGACUCUCGGCGUCUUGGCCCUCGAAAACCCCCCCCUCGGCGACGUGCUGCGAGAGGCAGUGCAGGAAGCCAAAGAAGGCCACGGCAAGAACGACAGUUUCGACAAACUCGUGGAGCACUUGAGGAAACAGCUGGACGAACGGAGAAAGGCGGAAGAGUCCCGACUGCAACAACUGAACGCUGCGCUGGCAGACCCCCUUUCGGCGGCGGCUCAGGAGUUCAUGAUGAAGGAGAUCCGCGAGAAGCAGGUCGAAGACAACUACCUUCUCGCGCAGGAGCAUCUGCCAGAGGCGUUCGGCUCCGUGUACAUGCUCUUCAUCGACAUUGAAGUGAACGGAGUGCCCAUCAAAGCCUUCGUGGACAGCGGCGCUCAGAGCACCUUCAUGUCUUACACGUGCGCGGAGAAAUGCAGCCUCCUGCGUCUGAUGGACACGCGAUACCGCGGGGUGGCUCAAGGCGUGGGGAAGACGGAAAUUGUCGGGAAAAUCCACUUGGCCACGCUCAAGAUCGGCCAGCGAUUCUUCCCUUCCAGCUUCACGGUCCUCCAGGACAACAAAGUCGAAUUCCUCUUUGGGCUCGAUCUUCUGCGGCGGUACCAGUGUUGCAUCGACCUGAAGAAAAACGUUCUGCGCAUCGACGACGACGAAAUCCCGUUCUUGAGUGAAAAAGACAUCACCAAGGGCAUGUUCGGCCGGGCCGAUACACCCAACAGCCUCGGCUCUCCAACCGCAACCUCCGCAGGCGAAGACAAGAAAAUGGACGUUGAUCCUUCCGCUUCCUCGUCUUCUUCCGCUUCCUCGUCUUCUUCCGCUUCCUCGUCUUCUUCCGCUUCCUCGUUUUCUUCCUCUUUGCCGUCUUCUGGGCCUCUGAGACAGCAGAGUACAACCAGCAUGGAUCCGCAAGUCGAAGCCAAGGUGCAGCAACUCGUGGACCUCGGUUUCCUCCGCACAGACGCUGUGGACGCUCUGUCCAUGGCCGGCGGAAACGUCGAGGAUGCCGCCGCUUUCCUGUUCAACCAGCAACAACGAAUCCAAGGAAAUCUUUCUUAA